GAGAGAGAGAGAGAGAGAGAGAGAGAGAGAGAUAUAUAGAUGGAUAUUAUGAGAGUGGAGGCAUUUCUAAGGGUGUGUGCAACCUUGCUCUUUAUCACUACUGCUUGCUUGGUUAGAUUGGACACCCAGACCAGUCUUAUUUUCACCUCAUUCUCCAGAACUGCCACUUUCAGGGACAUGAAUGCUCUCUUUGUGUUGGUGUUCAUAGACAUAGCAGCUGCAGGAUAUAAUCUGAUUCAGUUGGUAAUCAGAGGUCUACUCUCUUCACAUUUGAAACCAGAUAUGACGACUUCAUACAAGCAUCUUGCUUGGCUCUCUUUCUUAUUCGAUCAGGUAGUCGCGUACAUGGUAUUUGCAGCAACCUCAGCUGCCCUAACAGCCUCAUUAUUAGCACUCACCGGUGAACAUGAUCUUUUCUGGAUGAAAUUAUGCAACAAGUUUAACCGAUUUUGCACUCAAAUUGGCGGGGCAAUGUUAUGCGGCUACACAGCAUUUAUCUUCAUGGUUAUGGUUUCGUCCCUUUCGGCUUUUGGUCUUUUUAGACACUAUUCACCCAGAAGUUUCCUUGAUCUAAAGUAA